AACCCUCUUCCUUUCCACUCCAUGCGUCAAACACUUGUAGCAAGUAGCAAUACAUGCCAUUUUAUACAAAAACUACUAAAAUGGUGCCACAAUUUCUGUUCUCAUUUUCACUUAUUCUAUCCUUUCUUCUUCAUUGCCCCCCAACCCUAGCUCAGUCACCAGCUGCAGCCCCAGGACCACCUGGUCCAACCAAUGUCACCAAAAUACUCGAAAAAGGUGGCCAGUUCAGUGUGUUUAUCCGGCUUUUGAAAGCCACUCAAGAGGAUGUCACAUUGAAUGGCCAACUCAACAACACAAACAAUGCUAUAACCAUCUUCGCACCUAGUGACAACGCAUUUUCGAGCCUGAAAUCAGGCACCCUCAACUCCCUAAACGAUCAAGAAAAGGCUGAGUUAGUGCAGUUUCACAUUAUCCCACAAUAUCUAUCAAGUUCCCAAUUCCAGACAGUGAGCAACCCUUUGACCACACAGGCAGGAUCAGGUGGCAGGUUAGAGCUUAAUGUAACCACCACAGGGAACUCAGUGAAUAUAACCACAGGACUUACCAAUACAAGCGUAUCUGGCACUAUAUACACUGAUAACCAGCUAGCUGUUUAUCAGGUUGAUAAGGUGCUCCUUCCUGUCGAUAUUUUUACACCUAAACCUCCUACUCCAGCACCAGCACCUGAAAAACCAAAGAAGAGGUCUAAAGCUGCAGAGAGUCCAGAUGCUCCUGAGGAUAAUUCUGGAGCAGAAAGCUUAACUGUUCUUAAUAAUGUUGUGUUCUUCGGAGUUGGCAUUGUUGCAGUAAUAUUUUCUUUGUGACACAAAAGGUCUUCAUGAGUUUGUUGCAGGGAUUGCUCUCUUUUUCAAGUGGGCUAUGAUUUUGCAGAGUCGGAUCGAAACCGACGAGUGGCGUGAAUAAUUGUUGUUUUCGUCAGUCCCUUUGUACCAUUCUAGUUUAUGUUCAAGAUUGAAUUUUGAGGGUUUUUUUUUUUUGUAUUUCCUUUUCUUUGUUUCUUCGUAGUCCUGUUUUUUCAUUUACAGAUUUCAUGUAUUUUGGAAUCUUGUAACAUUUUCAAAAAUCAAGGUUAUGUAUCAAUUGUUCUUGCUCAAA